CCUUGAUAUGUUAUCGCGAGAUUUAGAAUUUACGCGAGACUUGACGUCAUAGACACCAACCUGCUAGCUGGACGACGGCUCGCCGCAUCUUUGAAUGUGACUACAGCGCGUUCGUGGAUUAACGGUCAGCCAGAGACUGUAUUUAACCACCGUGCGUGGAAACACAGUGGACCUGCUUGUUUGGUUGCCUCAAAUGCAAGAACACAGUUGGCUUCAGUGCUAAAAAAAGAACGGGCUAUCAUCACCAACACAGGCUACGCUUCGUUGGCUCCCUUGUUUGCACGUUAGCUUGUAAUGCUAACGCUAGCUAACAACGCCACUGAAUGACAUCACGUUAAGUCACAGCAUGUUUUCUUCUCGCUAGCAAGAAGUUGAACUGCAUGUUCGUAAACUAUGCCAACUGACGGUUUUAAACCGCAUUGCUACUAACCGUAGCGGUAGCUCGUCAGAUAAAACCGGGACAGCCAAGCUUCAAAUGUGACACCGGAGAGACCCGACUAACGCCCAGCGAGAUGCGUUAUCGAAGCGGCUUGCUGUUCUAGACAACGCCGGCUAAUGGAGAUGGCCCAGCCGCGUUGACAUGGCAACAACUCAUGGCACUCCGCCGAUGCAAGGGCAGAGGCGUGCACGGUGCUAGCGGCGUUAGCCACAUCUUCCCUCUGCUGUCCUCGGAGGAUCCCCGCGCAGCUGAACCGCGGUGUCGGUCGGACGUGGAUUCCAAAGCGUCGCCGCCGCCGAAACGAAAGCGCAUGGAGGCCGCGAGGGGCGCGUUCCACGCGCAGCUGGCCGCCGUCAUGGACUCGCUGCUGGCGGCCGCCGUGUGCGAGAUCGCCAAGAUCUUCGAGAGCAGCCUGUGCGAGCAGCAGGCGGAGCUGGCGCACAAAACGGACGAGAUCUGCGUCCUCCGGGGCGAGCUGGAGAAAGCGGGGAGGAGGCAGAGGGCGAAGGGCGGAGGAGUAGAAGGCAGCGAGGAGGUGGAGGUGGCGUCCGGGGACAGAGAGGGAAGUUCGAGGCAGCAGACCCAGGCAGGAUCAGGCUGUAUUUUAAAGGAUUCGUCUUCUCUUUCAAACCGAGUAGAAGGACUCAGUCAGAGCCUCAGUGGGCUGAAAGAAGAGGUCACAGGCCAGAGCGACGCGUCAAUAAAACACGAGCGUGCUGUACCUCGAGCUUCACCCGAGUUUACCACAGGCCGAGUCCCAGACGGAAGCCUCGCUGCUGGGGACCUGAGGCAGACGGAGACCCUCUCUGGCACACAAGCCAAAGCCAAAUUGUCUCAUUGGGAUGAGGGUGGUGCUGAACACAGAUCUCACCAGGAUCAAGCCUCCACCCCUUUUCUCUCAAUCUCCCAGAGCGGACGUUGCUCCCCGGGGCCCGACCCAAGCCCAGCUCAACCAGCGCACUGGCCGCCGGGGUUAAGCGCCACACGAGGCGGGGUGUCCGGCCUGGAGAACCUGCAGAUGGACGGCACCAUCUGCUCCGGUCCGGCCAGCAGCAGCACCGGCACGGACGGGUCCUGCUUCCGACCGGGUUUCGUCUCUGACGAGACCAGCAACGAAGACGACGACGACGGCGGCUCCUUCCCUUACCUGGACCAGGAGCCUGAAAACCACGACUCCAAUCAGAACGCGGCGCAGGGCCACGGCGGGGGGCCGAGGGGGGCUCGGCAGGUUCAGCUUCCAGCCCCCUCCGGAGAAUCCCCGUGGAGGCCCAGAGAUGACCGGGGAGGGAGAGGCUCCGUCAAUCACCCGCGGCGGCUCGCUGCUUUUGGCGGCAGAGACCCUCUCCGACCACAGCCCAACGCACUGCGACACACCAACGCCCUGAGCCACCCCGCCGCUCCCGGCGGAGGGAGCGGACGGCCGUACACCUGCCCGUACUGCACCAAGUGCUUCACCUACCCGUCCCACCAGCGCAGACACCUGCUGCGCCACACGGGAGUCCGGCUGCAUCCCUGUCAGUUUUGCGACAAGAGCUUCCUCACCCCCUCGGAGCUCACCGUGCACACCCGCACACACACAGGGGAGCGGCCUUUUGGCUGCGCUCAGUGCGGUAAGCGCUUCGCCCGCAGCGGGAACCUGAGAGCCCACCAGCGAGACGUUCACAUGGGGAAGAGGCCCUUUGCCUGCGGGGAGUGCGGGAAGAGGUUCGCCCACAGGGGGAACCUGAGGGUGCACAAUCACAGAGUCCAUCAAGGAGAUCCGUACUACAUGGAGGAACAGCAGGAGCCCGACUUGGGCCCGAAUCCCAUUUGAAAAUAACCCAAGACAACAAGGACUGUGCACUUUAAAUGAUUUCUGAACACUUAAAACAGGUUGAAAGUAUUAGGUUUUAUUUUUUAAUUUCAUCUUGGGGGGAAACAAAGAUUAACUUCCAUUACUUCUUAUAAUAGGUACUUCUUUGAGGUCUAAUUGAAGUGUUUUCAAUACCAUGGGUCACAGUUCAGGGGAGAGCUUUGCAUUGGACUCAAUAAUUCAUGAAAGAGUAAUAAUCUCUACUGUAUAUUAAAUAACUUUUCUCCUAAUGACUAUCCGCUAAUGUUCUUCCAUAUCACGGAAAAGUCACUGAACAUAUCUGAGCACUGUUUCAUUGUUAAAACUUUCCAAAAGCCAAUUAAGAAAGUCCUGUUCCCUUUAAAGUCGUGUUUAUGUGCUGCCCAUCUCUUUGUGGUGUAAAAAGGAAACAUGUUAUUGCAAGUUGUACAUAGGAACUGUGUUUAAUUUGACAUUGUUUUGCAAGGUGAAAUUAAAUAUGUAUGACAAGACCAUUGUUAUUUUUAAUUCAGAAUCAUCGUUCAGCACAAGCCAACAUUAUUGCACUACUCCACAGCAGACACCAGGGGGCAGUGUCGACGCGCUAAAGACUGACGGAAUUGGACGUGCAUUGCAAAUAGAUUUGUGAUAAGUGUUGCAGUCAGCAUGUUUAAUCAUGCGUCCUGUAUUUGCAGACCUUUUUCCCUGAUGUAUGCGCCGCCAUGCCACUACAAGAAUGUGCUUAUAAAGCAAAAUCUAAAUGA